CUCUGUUUCUCACUCGCUUAAAGUACACACUUUUUGCUGUUGCUUUCCCCUCAGAGAGAGAGAGAGAGAGAGAGAUGGCUUCGACGCUGGUUCUGGUGGUGGUGUUCGUGUUCGACUUGGUGGCCUUCGCGCUCGCCGUCGCGGCGGAGCAGCGGCGGAACACCGCCAAGAUUGGGGAAGAUGCUGGAAAAAACUAUUGUCGUUAUGAUUCGGACAUUGCAACCGGGUUAGGCAUUGGAUCCCUAUUGUUCCUUUUGGCUAGUCAGCUUCUGAUAGUGGCGGUGAGCAGAUGCUUAUGUUGCGGUAAGGCUCUGAGGCCAAGUGGUGCUAGGACUUGGGCUAUAGUACUCUUCAUUACUGGCUGGGUAUUCUUUAUUAUUGCUGAGGCUUGCUUGCUGGCUGGUUCUGUGAGAAAUGCUUACCACACCAAAUACACUACACAAAUUCUCAGUAACCCCCCAUCAUGUGAGACCUUGCGGAAAGGAGUCUUUGGGGCUGGGGCUGCAUUUAUCAUCUUCACGGGCAUCGUUUCUGAGCUUUAUUAUGUUAGCUAUUCCAGAGCGAAUGAAGCUGUCGCACCUUAUGCCAGAGAUACCGGCGUGAGGAUGGGGAAUCUGUAGCCGAUUUUGGAUGUUGGAGGUGGUACUAUCCACAGCUUGGAAAUCCUCAAUCGGUCGAUAUCGGGAUCAGAUUCCUUCUAUUUCUCUAGUUGAACAUUUCAAUCACAAGUCACCCCAUAAUGAGAGCUUUGUGCUUUGCAUCCAAGUUAUGUACAUAGCCUAUGUAGAAAUGUGGAUUAGAUGAUCUCUUGAUAGUUGAGCGUGUUUGAGUCUCGACGAGUGAUUCAUGCAUGUAUGCAAGCACCUAUGUCGUCGACUCCUGUUGGUAUAUAUAAACUCGACAUCAUAGUGUUGUUAGUAA